CUCUUACGCUUCGGUACAGCUGCGACGACAGCUUGUGUUCCGCCCUUCGCUAUGUAAAUCGCGUACAAGAAAUAUCGGUAGCCAGCGAUGUCCAUGGCAUCAAGCAUUGCUCCGGUGUAUGGGAAUUAUCAUGGCUACUACUCCAAGCGGCCGUUCGUACGCGAUCCUCGUCUGUCGCUCUUACCACCGUCAUUUUUUACGGGAAAGGCUGUUCUCGAUAUCGGCUGCAACGAAGGCUGGGUGACAUGCGAAAUCGGUCAAAUUUGGGGUGCAGCACGGGUCAUCGGCGUUGAUAUCGACGAGACUCUCAUUCGUGGUGCGUGGAAAAGACGGCGUAGCCUCUGGAGUCAGCAGUCACCUGGGCGGGAUGUAAUGGAGCGGAACGAAAACGACAAUUCGUCUGGAGUAUUUAAACGAUCCAAACUAGACCGCGUUACCGACAGCCAUUCCCACUACUAUUUCCCCGCGUCUUGCGAGCAUAGUCAUGAAUCUCUCCCGAUUCCAACUGACACCAUAAAAGAGGGCCAUUUCCCCACCAAUGUCAUCUUCCGCACAGCAGACUUCUUGGCUGAACCUGUCAGCGAAAGAUAUGACAUCGUGAUUGCUCUUUCGAUCACGAAGUGGAUCCAUCUCAACUACGGUGACGAUGGCAUUAAACAAUUCUUCCGGAAAGUGCACGAGAGUCUGAAUGCUGGAGGAACUUUGGUCUUGGAGCCUCAGACCUGGGAAACAUACGCUAAAGCCAAGCGAUUGGAUGAAAAAUUGAAAGAGAACGCGAAGCACCUGAAAUUGCAUCCAGGCAACUUCCCGACAAUAUUACAAAACAUCGGAUUUGGCCCACCACGACACUUAGGAUCAGUGGGAGAAGGAGGCUUUCAUCGUCCUGUUGAUCUCUAUAUUAAACUCUGACUGGCAAUGAUGCGUUGGUUGUGUGAUUCGUUCUGGUGAAUGCAUUGGUUGCACGUUAUGGUGCACAUCACUUUUUGCAUUUCCGUUGACCAUCGAAGACUAACUACACUUACGUGUACAUAUAAGCUUCGAAAACAAGUAUAUAGUCGAAUGUGGUAGCCCCUAAUUUUGAAGAGUAAAUAUGUGGACUGUGGG